AUGAGUUACUCUGCACGCGACGUUGUGUUGAACAAAGUGAAUCUGAGUUGUAACAGGAGCAUUAUCUUCACUCUCAGUCACAACCAUCUUUCUCACAAGAAUGCUAGGUACCCCCUCUCACUACACCGCGUUCACCUUCCCAGCCAAGAAACACCUCCGCAGUACCCCUCCACACACGACAAGGUGCAAGCUGCAACCCCUACCAACGCGGUCGAACAUGUCGGCAAGGAGUCUGGGGCCUGGAUGACCCUGAUCCUUCUGAUUCGCGAGACCCGUGGCUCGGUACAGUAG